AUGGGUGAUGCCUAUUGGAAUAAUGCUAGUGCAAGCUCGAGCUCGAGUUUGAAUAGCAGUUCACACGAUACGGAUGAUGACCAUAUGAUUGCAGCAAUGUUAGCCGAGGACGAAAGAAUGAGAUAUGAUGGGAGGCUUGGCAAGAGGCUAUCUCAUCUGCAAUCAAUUCCGCAUACUCCUCGGGUUAUUGGGAGUAUACCGGAUGCAAAUGAUGCGACCUUAGACCAUGGGAGACUAGCUCAGAGGGUGGAUACUUAUGGCUUGGCGGAAAUGCGAAUCGAGGGAGAUGGUAAUUGCCAGUUUCGAGCCCUUUCAGAUCAGUUAUUUCAGAAGCAAGAUUACCACAAAUAUGUUCGAAAGGAGGUCAUCAAACAGCUAAAACGCCAUAGGAAACUAUACGAAAGCUAUGUCCCCAUGAAGUACAGACACUACGUGAGAAAAAUGAAAAGGAUGGGGGAAUGGGGAGACCAUGUUACUCUACAAGCAGCUGCAGAUCGAUUUGAAGCAAAAAUCUGUUUGGUCACUUCUUUUCGAGACACCUGCUUCAUAGAAAUCCUCCCUAAAGACAUAACUCCUGUCAGAGAGCUGUGGUUGAGCUUUUGGAGUGAAGUUCACUAUAAUUCUUUGUAUCAAGCUGGAGGUAAGAAAUUUUAUCUUUGCCAGCAAUAUUUAUAA